AUGAAGGAUCCGCUGGGCGUGGAUGUGAUGUUUCCAAGGUUCAGCUGGACGCUGAUGCACUCGGAGCGCGCACAGGCUCAAACAGCAUGGGAGGUGCACGUUAUUGCUACAGAUGCCAACGAGAUCAUCUGGCGCAGUGGCAAAACGAAUGGUACCAGCAGCAUCAACGUUCCUUACAAUGGCCAUACGAACUUGACAACGGACACACACUACACGUGGUGCGUUCGAUACUACGAUGCCCAAGGCCACAUGUCGCCCUGGUCUGCCAACGCAAGCUUCUCCACAGGCCUCCGCUCACAAUCAGACUGGGAUGGUGCGCAAUGGAUUGGCGGCGGACAGCUGCUCAGGACCGUCGCUGCCUUGCCGUCCAACAAGCAGGUUGUGCGUGCAUUUGCGUACGUGGUUGGCCUCGGGUACUACAAGCUCUAUGUCAACGGCAAGCGCGCAUCACACCACGAACUGGGCGCCUUCACCACUUAUGAGAAACGGGUGUAUUACGACACGUGGGACAUCACAGAGCAUGUGCAGCACAAUUCGCAAGUUGCGUUUGGCGUUCAUCUUGGCCCGGGCUGGUACGCCCAGUCGUCUGUCAAUGUUGGUAAACCGACACUGUAUGCAAAGAUCAGCAUCCACUAUGCAGAUGGGAGCGAGGAGAGCAUUGUGUCGACACCAACGCGGUGGAAGGUUUCGUCGCAUGCUGUCCUUCCUCCAAUUCGCAUCGGCGAGAACUACACCCCAUGCAACAUGUGGGAGUCCUCUCCAGGCACCUACGUCUUUGACUUUUGCCAAAACAUGGCUGGCUUCACGACCCUGCGUGUGCCUGAGGGCGCCGCUGUUCAGGCCGGCGUCAACAUCACCCAGAUCCACGCCGAAGCGGUGUAUGGCCCACCACCCGCGCCAAUCCACCACCACUACAGCAACACGGCAGAGAAGGCCGUGUACAUCACGUCUGGUGAUGGCGCCGCAAUCACGUACACGCCCCUCUUCACAUACAUGGGGUUCCGUUAUGUGCAGCUGACCAACUUUCCCGGUGUCCCAGACUUCAACACGUUGACAGCGCACUUCAUCCACACUGACUUUGAACUUGUUGGUGACAUUUCGUUCUCGGACCCCAAUUUGGACAGCGUGCAGCACAUCACACGUGCCGCCUCCAUGAGCAACUACCAGAGCAUCCCAACAGAUUGUCCUCAGCGCGAACGACGUGGCUGGCUGGGUGAUGCGCAGCUGAGUUCGGAGACAACGAUUCACAACUUUUUCAUGGCAGCGCCAUAUACCUCCUUCGUAUCGCAAAUCAACGACGCGCAGAACCCAAACACUGGAGCUGUGCAGGAUUGCGUGCCAUGGUAUGGCCACGGGCACGAGCCUGCCGACCCUGCGUGGGGCUCCGCGUACACCUUCCUCGCUGAUCACGUCUACCAGUACUACGAGGAUGACGAAAUCGCAGCCCAACACUACGAUGGACUGCGCUUCCACCUUGAAUCUCUCAUUGCACAAGCAGCGAAUGACAGCAUGGACGGGCUGCUUGCGUUUUCCUGGUGGGGUGAUUGGUGCCCGCCCGCUGGCUGCGUCGCCGACGGCCAUCACCGCAACAGCGCCCUCGUCUCGUCGUACAUGUACCUCAAACAACUUGCCAUCGUCGCAAAGAUGGCUACGCGCCUUGGCAAGACGAAAGAUGCACAGCGAUACAGCAACCUUGCGUCGAGUGUUGGCGCUGCCUUCAACAACCACUUUUACGACGCCACGAACAAGAUCUACAAUGAGACGAGGCGGCCUGCUGGUGCGGAGGAGCUGAGCAUCCAGACGUGCAUCGCCCUCGCAGACGAUCUCGGGCUCAUCCCGGACGAGGACCGCGAUCAGAUCAUGCGCAACUUGGUUGCGGAUGUGAUGGUUGCCAACAACGGCCACCUCAACACAGGCAUUGUUGGCAUUAAGCAGCUUCUUCCCACACUCUCUAACGCAGGAUACAACGACGUCGCCUUGCAGAUUGCACAAACGCCAUCCCAGCCGGGCUGGGUGUACAUGGUGCAGCAAGGUGCGACGACCCUGUGGGAAACCUGGACGGGCUCACGAUAUGACCCCGUUGCGUCAUGGAAUCACAUUAUGUUUGGCUCCCAGUCUGCGUGGUACUACCAACAUCUUGCUGGGAUCCAGCUGUCCCCUGGCACACGCGGUUACAGCAACAUCACAUUCAAGCCACAAGUGAUUGGCUCACGCGGUGCGGUGUGCGGAAACCUGUCGUCCGUUGAGGCGUCUGUUGUCACCCCACGUGGCCGCAUUGCCUCCAGCUGGGCAUGUGGUGGAGGUGUGCAGUCGCCACUCUGCUCACAGGUGGAAGAGCACGACACGCUUCGGCUGAGCUGUGAUUCCCUCGGCGGUGGCAAGAUCGAGGCCGUUUCGUUCGCCAGCUUUGGAACGCCGACUGGCUCCUGCAACGGCGGCUUUGCCCUCUCAAACUGCACCAGCCCCCAAUCCAUGUCCGUUGUCACAAAGGCGUGUGUCGGCAAGGAGCGAUGCUCGGUCCUGGCUGAGAAUGCGGUGUUUGGUGGCGACCCCUGUCCAAAUGUGCCAAAGCAAUUGGCGGUGCAGGCCAGCGGCUGUAACGAGGCGCCUCCCACCUAUCAGCACAGCGUCACUGUCCCCGUUGGCUCGAUUGCCACCGUCAUCGUACCCACAUUUGGCUUUUCAAGCCCUCGCCUGACGGAAGGCAGCGCCGCCAUUUUCAAGGACGGCCAAUACAAACCAGGCGUUCCAGGUGUUGAUGGUGUUGCUCUGCACGGAAAUGACCUCGUCGUCGCCGUGUCCUCUGGCACUUACGCCUUCACUCUCUACCAGCGCUGAACGCCCGCGUGUGCUUGUACUCUGUGUGUGUGUGUGUGUGUGUGUG